GCAGUGACGCAGCGGCUGUUGCCGGGGAACGCUCGUUCCUUCCCUCUCGGUGCGCCGCCCCCUCCCCUCUCGCUCCCGCCCCCCUCCCUUCGGCGCUCCGUCCGGGCCGCGCGCGGAGCCCAGAAAGAGGCGGACGGCGGACCAGGAGAGACGGAGCGCAGCCCCGCAGGACGAGGAGGAGCAGGACGGGCCGCCAGGAGCCGCCGCCGCCGCCGCCCGCCCGCCCGCCAUGGUGCUCGUCAAGGAAUAGUGAGUGGCCGCCUGGGGGCAUGUGGGGGGGGCGAGGGGGGUCUCUCCUCAGAAGGGCUUGAGGGAGGUGGCAGGGAGUUCCGCAGGCGGAGACCCCCCACCCACUGUCCGGAGGGACGGGGGCUGCGCUCCCUCCCGAGCGGGGGGAGGGGGUCUCUCUCUCUCUCCCCCCCCCCCGUGGGAGGGAUGCGGGUCCGAGGAAGAGGAGGAUGGACGAGGGCGGUGAAGGUCACCCUCCGCCCGAGGCCGGGAUGGGGAUGAGGAUGGCGGAGCCGCGCUUCCCUCCUCCUCCUCCUCCUCCCCGGCGCCCGGCAUCCUCUUUUGCAGGAGGACCUUGGAAGAGGAGGAAGAGCGGAAGGCCGCCGCCGCCGGGAGCCCCGAGGGAGAAGCGGGCCGCCCUCCUCCCCCUCCCCCCUGGCCCCUGGGGGGCCACCUUCCCUCUCUGGCCAAGCGGCUGCCUUGGAGGACCGGCUCGUCCGGACAGGGCACAGCAAGGUGCGGGCUUGCCGCAAGGUUAACUUGAGUGCCUCUUUUUUGCACCGUGGUGGUGGUUGUUUUUGAGGUUUUUUUUGGCUAAGGUCACUUGACCCUGCCUGAGGUCAGCCUGCAAAACCUCCUUGGUAUGGCCCUUCCCUGGGCCUCUGGCAACAGGGUCUCCCUCCUCCUCCUGCUGCUGCUGGAAGUCCUGCCUUGCCAGCGAGUGCUGGGGGGGGGGGGAGAGGACUUUUGCUGGUGCCUUCCAGGUGCUGGGAUUUGCCAAACGCCAGAGCAGGGACCCAGAAGAUGGGACAAACCAUUUGCUCUCCCUGGCAACCGGCUUGCCAACAUGGCCACAGCCAUCAGAUGCUGACGGGGCUUCCGUGGAGGAGAGCUAGAUGCCGGCAGCGAAGAGCAGCUGCUUCUUCCUUGACCUGCCUGGAGUUAAACUUCUGUCCUUCUGCAGCACUGUGUAUCCGCAGUGUGGGAUAGAGUCUGGGAUGCCCUGCUGCUCUCCGUCCUGCUCCAGGGUCCUGGUCACGUCUUGGGGGAGCGAGGCCCCACAGCACAGCGUUCCCUUUUCUUCCCCUCUCUGAAAGCACAUGGAACUUCCUGAAAGAGGUUUCAGACUGGAGCUUGUUUCAUAUAUUGCUCAAAGUUUGCCUCACCUCAGAGGCAGACAGACCCUGCAGCAGAGCUUCUUUUAAGCCUGGACCAGUCCUCCUCAGCUGUGGCCCCAAGGAAAGUGACCCACGGCUAAUCAGCCAUGUUUGGUCCAAAGUCUACUCAGUUAUGAAAGUAUGACUCGAUCGUGCUCCAUUAUAGGUUUCUAGUUGAGAGGGCUUCGAAAUAAAGUAUUUUCGUUAUUGAGGUGGUUUUACCUGUUUGCUGACUCCUUGACAUGUCUGGAAAAUGACAGCUGGCUAUGCAGAGUCUGCUUCUUCUGGACAAGUGUUGGUUUUCCCUAGUUAUAUGCAUUUUGACAGGUUGCUUGAUGAUGAACUGAAAUUCUCCGGUAUGAAAUUACUAAUUGUCUCCUGUCUGUCUCUUUGCAAACACAGACACACAUCCUAGCCUCAGGAGUCAUGCUCUGCUGGCUCAUCUCAUGCAUUGCUUUAUUCCAAAUGCUCAUAGAAUUGGAGGGUUGGAAGGUAUCCCAAGGGUCAUCUAGUCCAACCCACUUGCAAUGCAGGAAUCCUAGCUGAAUACCGUAUUUUUCGCUCUAUAACACGCACUCGACCAUAACACGCACGUAGUUUUUAGAGGAGGAAAAUCCGUAGGCAUGCCACCCGUAGGCAUUCCCUCCAUAACACGCACAGACAUUUCCCCUUACUUUUUAGGAGGAAAAAAGUGAGUGUUAUGGUGCAAAAAAUACGGUAAUCCCUGAAAGAUGACCAUCCAACCUCUGCUUAGAAACCUCCAAGGAAGGAGAGACCAAUACCUUCCAAGGGAAUCUGUUCUACUGUUGAAUGCCUCUCACUGUCAGAAAGUUCUUCCUGAUGUUUAAUUUCUUGCAAUUUGAAUCCAUUGGUUCGGAGCCUCUCCUCUGGAGCAGGAAAAAACAAACUUGCUCCAUCUUCCAUGUGACAACCCUUUAGAUGUUUGAAGGGUCAUUUCUCAGUUUCCUCUUUUCCAGGCUAAACAUACGCAGCUCCUUCAACUUUUCCUCAUAAGACUUGGUUUCCAGACCCCAGAUGAUCUUGGUUGCCUUCCUCUGCACAUGUUGCAGCUUGCCAAUGGUCUUCUUAAAUUGUGGUGCAGGACUCCAGGUGUGGUCUGACCAAGGCACGAUAGAGCGGUACUAUUAAUUCCCUUGUCCUGGACACAAUACUUCUGUUGCUGUAGCCUAGAAUAGCAUUAGCUUUUUUUUGCUGUUGCAUCACACUGUGGACUCAUGUUCAGCUUGAGGUCUACUAAGACCCCUAGAUCCUUUUCACAUGCACUACUGGCAAGCCAGGUGUCCCCCAUCUUCCAUUUAUUCAGCUGGUUCUUCCUUCCUAAGUUUAUAACCUGGCAUUUGUCCCUUUUGAAAUUCAUUUUAUUAGUUUGGGCCCAGGGUCUCCAAUCUGUUAAGGUCAUCUUGAAAUCCAAUUCUGUAUUCUGUGGCAUUAGCUACCCCCUCCCAGUUUGUUGUCUUCUGCUAACUUGAUGAGCACCCCCUCAAUUUCUUCAUCCAAGUUGUUUAUAAAUAAUGUUGAAGAACAACAGGCCCAGGACAGAACCCUGUGGCACCCCACUUGUCACUUUAUUCCAGGAUGAUGAGGAACCCUUAGUGAGCACUCCUUGGAUUCAGCCAAUCACCUACAACAAAACCACUUAACAGUUACUUCGCCCAGGCCACAUUUUAUUAGCUUCUCUGCAAGAGUAUCAUGGGGAAAUUUGUCAAAAGUCUUAUGGAAAUCAAGAUACACUAUGUCCACAACAUUCACCUUGUUUUUGAGAAACAUAUGCUGGGUCUUAGUAAUCAAAAUAUCCUCCCUCAGUGCUGUUUAAUUAUCUGUUCUGGACUUUUCCUGGUUUUGACGUCAAGCUGACUGGUGGGUAGUUUCCUAGGCCUUCUUUUCCCCUUUUUUUGAAGAUGGGGACAACGUUUUUGUCUCCUUGUUCCCGUCUUCUGGUCUGUUAUGACCAAGUUUAGGGCUGGGCUCUAAAUAUUUUGGUACAGGCUCCUGCUUUUAACAGCCAUUUUGGAAAUAUAUUUCUGGCUCUGACCAAUGACAGAGAACAAAAUAAGGCCCUUCUUUCUUUGCUGUCCUCCUUGCCAGAAGCACAGGAAGUUACUCAUUCCUCAUCUUCCACGCAGACCCUUCCAGGUGACUCUCCUCCCCUUUGACUUUCAUGUUUCCCUUUAGGGGUUUGGUGAGGGAGCUCACUCAGUAGGGCGUCUUGCCCUCGGCCUGGUUUGUGGACCACCGUGAGCUCUGCUGUCCAUCCGGCUAGUACAGAGGGGUCUCUUUGCAGAAUUCCAUACAUUCCUGGACUCCCAACGCCCGCCAUCCCAGUCUGUUGCUAGGUUGCCUGCUGGGAGCUGGAAUCCAGCUGUCCCUGAAGGGCCACAGCAAGUUCCCCAUCCUUAGAGGGAGAGGGCUGGCAUCUCUCAGGGUUGCUACUGGGUGUGCACUGCAUUGCUGGGGAAGAGAGACUGCCACAUUUCGUGUCUGGAGCCCUUCCCCAGUUUGGAGUCGUUCCAGUCCACACUGUCUUGACUUUUCUGGAGUUCAUCAGUUGGCCUUGCCAAACAUCAAGCGCUUUGCCAAAUAUUUAAGUUGUCCUAGUAUGGAGAUUACUGGCAUAGUUGUAAGAAACCCUUGUCUCUUUGUUUUAGUAGAGGUAGGCUUUGGUGACAGCUGCUAUUGUGAUGCCAUCAUCAUAACGCAUUAGAUAAAGCAAACAUCUUUGCAUCUGACGUUAAUGUUUAACUAGCCACUGUGUGUGUGUGUGUGUGUGUGUGUGUGAGAGAGAGAGAGAGAGAGAGAGAGAGAGAGAGAGACAUUAUUGUGGUGUUUGGGUUGGGGUUUACAUGUGUCUUCUUUCUUGAAAGUUCCUUGGUGGGGACAGAGUCCAUUUUGCUGUUCUAGUUUUCCUGUUUAUGGAAGUGACAGGCACAUAUAUUCUCUUUCUGUCUUUCUCUUUCUCCACACAACAUUCUGUGAAACGGGAAACUUCAUUGCUGUUCUGGGAGGUCCUUGCCUGAGUUGCCCCAGGCUGCAGAAAUGAACUCCCCAGCAGAGACAGCAUUGGCAAUGGGGGUGGCAGACAAUAGUGGGGACGGGGACGGGGGGUGUCCUAGCUCCACUGGAACCCCUUGGGCUGCCAUCCUCCAGUGGGACUGUGAGUUGUUGUUGACACUGUGCAAGUGAUCCUGGUUACUGGACCUUUAGUGAACUUCCUUUUGUCUCUUCUCUUGCAGUCGUGUUCUUUUGCCCGUGUCUGUGGAAGAGGUAAGUGCCAACUUCUCUGCUGCUUCUUUUUCAAUACCUGCCUUAAAUCUAGUCUCGGUUCCAUUUGUGGCCAGUGAGAAGUGUGUUGUGGCUACUUAAAGAUUAGCUCAUUUCUGCUUUGGUAGGGGCCACUUUGCUGCAAGCGGGGAGGAGGUGGGUGCUUAGUGCUGUGGAGAGGAACUUGUCACCAGUUCUGCAAGGGGUUGAGUGACAUUGGACAAGUUUCUGGGACUCUCCUUAAGGUGUGAGGGCCUGGCAUUUGUCUGCAAGCUUUCUAAUGUUCUUCUCACUGUUUAAACACUCAUGGUCAGAGCACCCACAAGUUUCAAGUGUGUGGCAGAUCUUUCCACCAACCCAGUUCCCUGCUCCACUCUUGGCAUCAGUUAUGGAUGGAGGAGUCUAUAAGAUUUAUUCCGGCUCCUGGGCUCUGUUGCCUGCGUGCCCUCCUUCUUAAGACUAUUUGAAUUAUUAGGAACAAGCUGCUGACUAAAGAAUGUUCCUGCAUUUGCAGCAAGAUUAGUGAGCGUUGUGUGAGGGCCUAACUCCCACCGUGCCAUAAACUUCAGCCUGCCUGCCUGCCAGGGGCUUUUGAAUGGAGGUGGAGACAUCCCUAGGAUGCAUAGCUUGUUAUUCCCUUUGCUCUCUCUCAGCGCUUUGCGCUCCAGGGAAGUGUCAGGCCCUCACUGGGGGCAUUCCUGGGUGCCUGUGGCAAAUGUGCGCAUUGCACAAAAGUGUGUGUCAUUUUCCCCAACUAUUUGUUUUGAAGCACAAGUGUGGAGGGGGCCACCAGCUUGAGCAGAGAGCUCUGGUUGACUUUCCUUCCAGGUCCAUUUUUCUGCUAAAGUCCCCCACCCCCCUCCCCAACCCUGGUGAUGGCAGUAACAAAGGACAAUGGAGGCAGAGCUAGGAGAAUGUAGGUCAGCCCAAGUGGCCUGAAGCACACACGUGCGUCUUCUGUAUCAGCUUCACCCACGGAAGGAGACCCAGCUGGGGAGCCUUGCUGGAAGUGCUGCUCCUUGCUCCUGGCCAGGUCUUUGGGUGCUGCCCUUCCUCCAGCCUGGAUUGGACGGGGCUCAUCCUGGUCUUCUGACAUGGCACUCCUGGGGCACUGACUCGCUCUCUGCUUGGGUUCCCCAUGUGGAAUAUUUGGAGAGUAAUGCUGGCCAGCCCUGUACGGUUGCUGCAGAGGUAACUGAGACAAUAUGUGUGAAGUAAAUAUGUCUGCUUGAAAUCCCCACGGCUGCCUGCUAGCAUGCUCUGGCGCCUGGGUGGCUCCUCCUGAGCAAGGGCUGGCCUGGCUGCCUCAGGCUCUGCACCUGCUGGGGUCCUGAGUCCUGUCCGGUGCUGCCUUGUCAGAAUUGGGGCAAAGCAGAGUUGGGUUCAUGUUUCCCAGAGUUCGGGUUACAGAGUGCCUUGACGGGAGAAGGAGGCUCCUGACACCUUGCAAGUGCAGCUUGGCCUCUUGCCGCUUCCGAGGCUGCACCCCUUGAGCAGCCUGGCUUCCUGUCUCCCUGGACGGGGCCUGACAGGGAGCCCCCUGGGUCAAGCUCUCUUGGAGACUCCCAUCCCUGGCUUGCGGCUUUGGCAAGGUCCGGCUGGUCCCAAAGCACAACUCAGCCAAUGCAGGCAGGUGCCGUUUCCAUUAAAGAGACCAGAAAGCCAGAGGACCUAGGAAGGUGUUGCAGGCGCGAGCUGAGAGUGGGAGCCAAAGCCCUGAGCCUACUGGGACAGGGAAGGGGGUGGGCCUGGGCAGCAGCGGGUUCUCCAGAGCUGUGUAAAGGGACGCCAAGAGGGGGAGCUGCAGAGCAGGAUUUGUCCUGAGCGGGCUGGGUGCCAGCUGUGCUCUCUCUUGAGCUUACAGAAGUCCUCAGCAUUCCUCCAAAGGAAAGCAAUGGCGGCAAAGGGGAGGAAAGCGGGAACCUUCCUCCCAAUGAGGCAGCCUAGGCAGAUUAAAAAUCCAAUGCAUCACAGUCCUACAGUCCAAUGGCCAAGGUUCCAUGUGGGGCUUGUAGGUGUCCGUUCUCUGUAUUCUGUAGGGGCAUCUGCAAGAGCCUCAAUGGGGGAGGGGGACCUUUGUAGAAUAUAAACAAGAUGGGCCAUCUUUAAUAUCCAGAGGCGAUUUAGGAUUGUAUCUAACCCCUCCCCCAAAUAUCAGUUGCUUGGUGUUUUUUGGCAGGAUGUGUGGGUGUGUUCUCAGCUGUUACUUCUAACAUGGUGCCAUCAUUUGUACCCACUCUCUGUGUCCCCCCCCCAAACCAUCCCCCUUCCUGCUUGUGAGCUGGAGGAUCUGCCUUUCCCAGCUGAAUGCAAAGCUGCUUCCAGGAGGAUGAAUGGCCCCCAAGGAGCCUGGCUGAGGGGUGGAAAGGAAGAGGGGUGCUUUCACUACAGGACCGUGUCUCCCUGAGCAUGGCACUGAGUCUGAAGUUUUAGCCCCAGCAGAGCACAGGGCCACUGACCGCCAGGCCUCCCAGAGCACUGAGCUGUUCCUGCUGGACUGAGCACCUGAGCUGAGCGGCUCCUUCCAGCCACCCCACCACCCUCCUUCCUGGGCACGGGGCCUCUUGCCCUCUUGGACACUUUCUCUGGCGGAUUCCCCCGGGGCCUGCUCUUAUUUAACACAGCAAUUUAUCUGGGCCUGCUUUCUUGUUCCAAUGGGAUUAGGGGAUCAGAAAUAACAGGGAAGAUUAAGGGGUGAAGAUGGCAGUCCAGCAGCCUGAUCCUCUUAGUGCCUGAACUCUAACUUGUGGAGCGAGAGGAUGCAGGAGAGGGAGAGUGACCGGAGAGUGCGUCAGCGCUGGGGACACGCUGCUCUCUGUCCCCAGGGGACCCCGUCUGGGAGACCCCACCCACCCCUGGGACAAAGCCACUUGUCUGCCCCAGUAUUUGCUCUCUCUGCUCUCUCUCUCUGUGUAUGUGAAUGCCAGCCCUGCACUGGAGGGGCUUCACAACUGUGCUCACAAUUAUGGGGCAGAUGGCCUAAAACGCUUGCACAGCGUGGAGGUUUAGUGUUGGACUAGGACUGGAUAGAGCCAGGCUCAAAUCCCCCUAAGCACCUAGUGCUGCUUCCUCUUAGCGGCCUAAUCCUUUCUAGGGUGAAAUGGGGGGCGCUGGGCACUGUGGAGGGCUGGGUCAACCCCUGCUCCAAGGACUCUGCAGAGCAGGCCCUGCUUCUGGCCGGUGGAAUGACCCAGGGCUCCCUCACAGGCUCUGCAAAGUCCUGGCAGCAAAUGCAGCACAUAGGCAGAAAAACAGCUUGGGUGCCCAGCACCCGACCCUGGUUCAGUCCCUGGCAGCAUUGCCAGGUAAAAAAGAGGCUAACGGUCUGCACAGUGUAAAGCAGUCAGGAACAUAGGAAGCUGCCUGACACAGGCUCAAUAAUAAUAAUACUAAUUAAUAAUAAUGUUAUUAUUUAUACCCCACCCAUCUGGCUGGAUUUCCCCAGCCACUCUAGGCAGUUUACAGCAUAUCUAAAAACAUAAAACAUCAAGCGUUAAAAGCCUUCCAAUACUGGGCUCCCCAGACCUUCCUCUGUCCAGUUUUGGGUUGCCUGUAGGGCUGGGUCUAUGCUUAUAGCACAGCCAGUGGUCAGGGAUGAUGGGAGUUGUAGUCCAGCAGCAUCUGGGGGCCCACGGCUAAAGAGCAGUGCCCUACGCAGGAUCUCUCCAGCGCCUCCGAUCAUUUGCCGUAUCUUUGCAUGGUGCUCAUGCUCCUGUUGCAAGCCACCUUGGAUCAUUCCUGACCCACCGGUUGAGACCCAGUGGGGUAGGUGAUGCUGAGCUGGCUGGACCAGUGGUCUGCCCCAGUCCAGGGCUGCUGCUUGUGUCCCUGCCUACCUGCUUGCUGAAUCUACAGUGAUGCUGUGAUGUCCCUCCUCCUUCAGUACCAAGUGGGGCAGCUGUACUCGGUGGCAGAAGCCAGCAAGAACGAAACUGGCGGUGGUGAAGGGGUGGAGGUCCUGGUGAACGAGCCCUAUGAGCGCGACGGGGAACGUGGGCAGUACACACACAAGAUCUACCACUUGCAGAGGUAUGUGGCAGAGAUGCUGCAGGCAGGGUGGGUGUUGGUCAGCUGAGGCCUUGCUUGGUCUUCCUGGGGAAGGGGUGAACUCCACUGCUUUGCAGUCUCUUUGCCUUUGGGGAGAGGAGGACAGUUGACCCCAGGCUCUGUCUUAGGAAGGCAGACCCUGUCAGAGGAAGGAGCCCUCUGGCCAGAGUUCUGAGCAGCCUUCCAAGUGAGCUUAAGGGGUGGCUGGAGGAAGUGCGUGGGGGGGGGUUGGAUCUUGGCCCCUCAAGUGACACACAGAUUCAUCCCUCCCCCUUGCAGUAAGGAAGCUCUUCUGGGUGUUUGUUCAGCCCUAGUAGUUCUGCUUUUCUGCAUGUUGGGCUUGUUGCUGCUUGUGCACAAGAAAAGCAGUGGCUCCCCUUCCUGCUCCAGCUUCUGGGCAGCUGUUCUUGUGGCACUCCUUGCUGCAGCUCCUUUUUGGGUGGGGGGUAUUGCUUUGAUCCCAGGUGCUGUGACCUGUUCAAGUGACCCUCAGGAAGCCUGCAGGCCCGUUGGAGACGGCCACAGCCAGGCACUUGUUAGCUGAGGUUCCUCAUUGACCCUUUCCGGCCUGGUGAUGAGCAGACUGGGGAGACAGAGAGGAGGAGUCACAGCUGGGUGGGGGGAGGACGUGGGGAGUCCACAGAGAGGAGCUCCCUCUUGGCCCCUUUACAAAGCAGCUUGCUGUGCAGCGAGCCCUUUGGCUUUACCUGCAACUGUGGAGAGCAGCAGGUGAGUAAUGGAGGUGGGGGGUCAGUCUGAGGUCCUGGGCCUGAGCACUGCUGGCUUGGGGGUGGUUUCAAGUCAGUUGCCUUUUUCUGCAGGGCUGGUGGCUCUUCUCAGCUUUGUGUGGCCUUCUGGGUGUUGUUUCAGCCUUUGAGUGCAGGGCAUUGUGUUUGUGGCAUUUGACACAUGUUCGCUGGCUGUUGCAGUAGUCAGUCAGAAGAUCAGAGGCCCAAAAGCAUCCUGGGCUUGUCUGUCUUUGGAGCUGGGCUGCGUGUGCAAGAUGCCGUUCAAAGACAGCUGUCUUCUGUUGCUCGUUUCCUGCAGCAAAGUCCCUCCCUUUGUGAAGAUGCUGGCCCCAGAGGGAGCCUUGAAUAUCCACGAGAAAGCCUGGAAUGCCUACCCUUACUGCCGGACUGGUGAGUAGCCUUGCACUCUGUGGGGUGGGCACCCCCCUCAUCUGUUUGGAAAAGUGCAGGCAGGGCCAGGCUUUGGGGACCUUUUGCACAGACAUUCCUAUGCUGCAACUGAGAUCACUUUCCCUCCCUGGGAUGGGCAGCUGUCUUGUGAGGCCAACCGGAGUUCCAGGGCUUUGGUGCUGGAGAGAAGCAACCGUUCUGCUUCCUUGUGUAAACCACAACAGGGCUUGUCUGAUGGAUACCUGGGCUGAUCCUGCCCGGUUGAUCAGCCAGGCAGGACUCUCCCUGCUCCAAAUCAGCCGAGAGGAAGAUUCCUGGAGAUCAGGCAGGGCUGAGUGGAGUGAGCCAGUUUGGAGGAGCUUGCGGAGGGUCCUCUUCGUGCCUUGGCAGGUGAGGGUGAGGCUGGACCCUAGGGCAGCUGCUGGCUCCCUGGUGCCGUGGCCAGGAGGAACAUCUGCCUUGGCAGCCCUGGGGGAAGAGCUUAGGCCAGCUGUCCUGGCGAGGAUCACAGUUUGUCACUGGCUUAUCACAUUAGGACUUUGCCUGAGACAUCGGGAUUCCUGCCAGGGCAUGGUCAGUGUGUCCUGGCAUUAAUUGGUGCCCCUUUCCUGCCCAGCAUUUCAUGGCUGCCCGACUGGCUUUCCUCUGGGCAUGGGUGAGGCUGCAAAUGUUCUUGCCCUUGAAAGCUUCGCCGAGUCCCUUGGCCUCAGGUGCUUUCCCCAAACCGUGGACUAAUGAGCUUCUCAUGAAGGGAAACAGCAACCCUUGUUCCUCUCCAGCAGCUGCCAAGCUGUGCCUCUGGCAGGCCAGCACAUAGCUCAGCACUUCUGCUUUCCAGGCCUGCCAUGUUAGUGUUUUGGGUGGGAGAACGGUGUAGCCACAAGGCUUGGUUGGUGCAGGAGCUGCUCACGCAGGUCACAGGGGGCCUUGCUGCCUUCGCCUGAGUUUUCCAAGGGCAGAGAAGGCACACUGGGUGGGGGCCCAGGCCGUGGCCUCUUCUGGCCAUGAGUCCUUGCAUUGCUCAGGCCUCCCUGGGGGAAACAUCUAUUGCUGCUCCUGCCCUGGACCAGAGUCUGUGGAGGCAGCCUAGUUGGGAGGGGGAGCUGCACCUCCACCUGGACUUGCAGCAGUGCUGCAUCCAGGGCAGGCCACACUUUGUGGCAGCUGCGCAGGGCUAGGGAUGGCUUAGUGGGGAUCUUGGGACACUGCGGUUCUUCAUUUCCUGGAAGAAACUAGCAAACUGUGCAAGGCCCAUCCUUGAGAGUUGGGCAACAGCGCUCUGAUUCAGGAGCCCUGCCCUGUGAACCUCUGCUCUCUCUUCCUUGCUUUAAGUUGGGAACGACACACCCAGCAUGCUCUGGGACUGUGCGCCAAGGGAACUGCCAUGGCGGCUUCUUGUCCCGGUACAUUCCCAGGUGUUCCCUUGUGAAAACUUGUAGGGCCAAGCAACCUGGCCGAUCCUGAAAAGGUGGCGUUAAUUCCUCAGAAGUCUCUGCGCUUUGAGCAGCCGUCUGACGCGGGGCGUUGAAACCCUGGCAUUUGCCCUGUGAGCUUCCGCUCCUCCUCUUCAGAAUGGAAAGAGUGGCGGUGGCUGGUGCAGAUGCCCGGCCUGUCACCAGAUCCACCGAGGCCUGGCUCAUGAAUAAUGGAGCUCUGCUAUCAGAAGCAUCUGAUUACUGGCAGCCAGCGUUGGACUUGGUGUGCUGGUUUUGGUUACCACACGGUGGAAUGUGAAGAGCUGGCCUGGCCUGGGAGGCGGCUCUUUCCCCCUGUGCAGGAUUGGAGUGGGGAGAGAAGGAGAAUGUCCUUAUGCACAAAGUGGAGAAGGCCUGGCAGGCAGCAGUCACCUGACCAAACUUAUUCCAUCUUCUCAUCCAGCUGGAAGCAAAUGGCAGCAGAGCCUCAAGCCUGGUUCACCAGGCGGCUGGGACAUUUCCCCCAGGGUGGUGCGCUGUCUCCUCUAGAGGAAGCCUUUUCCAGCCUGUUUUCUAGGCACAGAAACUCCAGGGCAGCAAAGUCUCCUACACCCCUCUGCCUAUGGAGAACACUUCUUCCUCCCCAUCCUGCAGGAGUGGGGGGCCCUGUGGUCCUCCAGAUGCUGCUGGACUCCCAGUGUCCAUCAGCUGCAGCCAGCAGAGGAAAGGAGGAGGAGGGAGCUGGGGAUGGCUUUGUGAUGCAUGUUUGGUUAUUGUAAGGGUUGGGUUGAGGAGUUCCUCCACAAGCCGGGGCCACUGUCAGUGCAGACCAUGAAGGGCUGUGGUCCACCUUGUUAUAUGGGAGCUUCCUAGGUGAACCCACAAGGCCCCUCGUGCUCUGAGAUGUGACACCCCCACCCCUGUGAACAGCAAUAGAGCUGGUGCCCCCUCUGAAAAGGAGGAGCCCCAGGCAGUGCUGUUGAUUCAGAGGCAGGCAGGAGCAGAAUGACCCAGGAGCAGAUCCAGGGCUGUGGGGAGGGUUUGGGGCAGCAGGAGCGCUUCCUGCUGGCAAUCCAUUUGUGUCCCCCCCCCAGGCACCACUGGGCUACAUGCAUGGGGAUGGAGGAGUGUGGCACAGUUCCUGCUGCAUCUCCAAACUUUUCUCUCUCUCAUGAAAGCUGUCUUUCUCUUUCCAUGUGCCGAUUUUUGGAGCAGUUAUUACGGUGAGUGUGGCUUCCUCCCUCUUUCAGAGCAGAGGUGUAUGAGUGAUUGGGGAGGCUACUGGGAUGUCCCACAGCCAGGUGGGGUUUGCAGAGGGACUGCACCCUCGUGAUGUGGAGCCCCUGCUUUGCACACAGAAGCUCCCAGCUGACAGAAGACCCUUCUCUCUUCAGGGGUGAACUAACCCUAACCCCUCCACAGCCUCCUGCCCCCAGCCCUGUUCUCAUCCUGGGCCAGCUGAGAUCCUCCUGGGCCACUUGUACCAACCGGCUCUCCCUGUCCUGUGGCCUUUGCCCCUUCCUUCGCUGCUCAGCAGGGGCCAUUGGGCCCCCAUCCUGGCCACUGAAUCCUGUGCCCAGAGUGCUUUGGUUUAUAGACUCGGUGUCUAGGCCGGUCCUAGCAGGCCCUCGAUCAGCCCCUCUAGGAAGUGGCUGCCCUGGCGAUGGAUUCCAGGCAGGGCAAAGAAGUUGUGGGUGGGCUGGCUCCCUCCGGCUCUGGCCUGCUAGCCAAACCCCUGGAGAGCCUCUGCCACCCUUUGUCCUGGGGCAGGGGGCCAAGGCUCUGUCAGCUCCAGGCAUUCUUUGAGGGUUCUAGUCAACUACACUUUGCCCCCAACAGGGACUGUUUGUCUCUUAGCUGGAAGAGCACUGCAACAUCUUUAAAGCUACUCCAUUCUCAUUUUGUGAUAUAUAAAACAGUACAGGUUAAAUGUUAGCAGGCACAGAGUUCUGAGAUAUUUGCCAAAUAAUGUAAGAGCAAGUUUUCUCACAAUGUUUCUAAGGGCCUGGAAUUCCAUGGCUGUGAUGUGAUCCCAGCCUGUGAGAGAAAGUUGCCUGACCCAACUUCAGAAGCCAAUGGGGAAAGGAGAGCAAGCAGACAGAUCCGCUGCCCCAAGGGUGGAGUCUGGGAAAGGUGUAUCUCCCGCUUGCUUUUCCUAAUUCCCAGCUGGUAACGGAAUCUUCUCUCUUUGGCAGAAUGAGUACAUGAAAGACGACUUCUUGAUCAAAAUUGAGACCUGGCACAAACCGGACCUUGGCAUGCAGGAGAACGUAAGUGCCCUUGGCAGGAACGGCCCCUGUGGCUGGCUCUGCGUCCCGGAAGCGGGUGGCAAAGAGAUGGCUCUGCAGAGCUUGCGUUCUGGAGGUGGCCAAGUGCAAAGAAGGCUCGGGCAUGUUGCUGGUUUGGAGCAAUUCUAAGCCAGAAGCGCUUGUCCCCAAGUGAAGCCUCCCCAGCCACCUCCCCAUGCACUGCUCAGGAGCGCCACAAGACGAUACGCCUCCCGUGCGUGUGCUGGGGUUCCCCCAGGAGUUUGUGUGUCCAUCUUAAAAUGCCUCUCCCUGGACCACACAGGCUGUGGGGUGAAGUGUCCCCUCAGCCUGCUCUUGCGGGCAAUGGGGGGAUUCUUCACUUAUUAGCUUGCUUUUGGACAGGAGCUCUUUCCACCUGGGGCAGAGGAGAGGUUGCUUUUGGGACCCCGGAGGACCUGGCUCUUCAUGAGCCACCCCUCAGCUUCUCUCAUGUCUUUUCUUGCUGCUGCUGUGUUUAUUUGAUUUGUCUUACUUAGAAAACUAUUAAUUCUGAAGUGAUGUGCAAUGGGGGUUGUACAAAAUCAUAAUGUAACAAUAAGAAUGUAUGAAACUAAUGAGCAGUAUCCAACAUUAGUCGUACUUGGAGCACCAAAGCAAAUGGGCAUAGUUAACUUGGGUCCAUUAAUUUCAGUGGGUUUACUCUGAGUAGAACUUAGUUGAAUAUAGCUUACAGUGUGCCCGGCAAGCGCAGACGAAACCAAAGGGUUUCCGUUUGCAUUCAUGGGCUCCGCCGCCAGGGGGACCAAUGCACGGGGGGAAAGCCCUCCGGCCUUCAGGGUCCAGGCUGGCGGGCCGAAGGCCCCCGCAGCUUUAAGCAGUCGAUGCGCCCGCUAUCGGACGGUUGGGCAGGAAGGUGCCUGGGCGCUGAUCAGCGCGCGCAGGCCGGCGCGAGCUUCCCCGGGCUGUCCGCGCCUGGGCGCGCUGAUCUCAGCCGCGCAGGCCGGCACCCUCUGCAGCGGCAGCGCGCGCGCUCGCGGGUCCGCCCUGGCGCUGAUUGCGCGAGCCGCUGCCGGCACUCUCCAGCGCGCAGCGCUGCGCUGCUCGAGGUCCGCGGCCUGGCGCGCGAUCCAGCGCGCAGGCGCGCAGCUGCUGCUCCUGGCUGACAGCAGGUGGGGACAAGGCCUUCAGAAAGGUCAGGACCUCUAGGCUGCGGGGCAAGUCUUUGUCCCCCUGCCUGCCUUCCCAGGGGCUUUAAGUUGCCCCGGACAGCGGAGAAGUCCUCCGCUGUCCCGGGGCAAUUUUAAAUUGCCGCCCGCCAGCAUUUUAAGAUCGCCCCGGACAGCGGAGAAGCCCUCCGCUGUCCCGGGGUUUUUUAAAAUGCUGGGGUGGGUGGGAAGAAAAGCCCUUGUCCCCCCCCCCAGCCUUCAGAAGAGGUCGGGGGACAGACUGUCCCCGGACCUGGUCUGAAGUCGGUUUCCCUAGGAACGCAUUAAUUGAUUUUCAAUGCAUUCCUAUGGGAAACCGUGCAUCGCAAGACGAAAAACUCGCAAGAAGAAAAAACUUGCGGAACGAAUUAAUUUCGUCUUGCGAGGCACCACUGUACUUUAAAUAUUCUGCUCUUUCAUAAAAACUGUUUUCAUGGUGAUGAGUUUCUGUGUGUUUAAAGAUCUUUGCUGUUAUGUUCUUGUCCUGCGUUGGCUGCCCUGAAAGCUCCAAUGGCUGAAGGUGGGGGGAGGAAAUCAAUUUAAAGAAGAGCCCUAAAACUUGGAAGGGGGGCGCUGAGACAUCACGCAAACGCUCCUCCUUUCUGCUGCCUGCAGGUUCACAAACUGGACCCGAAUGAAUGGAAGAAUGUAGAAGCCGUCUAUAUCGACAUUGCAGACCGGAGCCAAGUGCUUUCAAGGGUACGGCAGCCGAGUGCGAGAGCUGGCCUGGGGUGGGUGUUCAGGAGAAGGGCUCCUCUUGGGCUGCAGGCGGGUGGGGGCUUUGCUUGGCUGGAGAAAAGCAGCUGCCUCUGUCGGGGGCUGUUUCCAGUCGGCCGAACUGGGCCCUGGGCAUAGCCACAAAUAGCCACUUCAGAGUUGUCUGGCUGCCUGUGACCUUGAGUUUUCCCUCAGAGCUCUGCAGCGGCAUAGCUUACAAAUGAAAGAAUUGGCUUAGCCACAAAAACCACUUAAGACUUCUAAUUUCUGUGGGCAUUUUGUGGAGGCUUCUAGGAGAGUAAGCGGUUCCUUUUUUCUUUUCUUUUUAUUUGCGAGCGCUGAGAAGGGACCAUAAAUCCCAGCAUAAAUCGCUCUGUUCCCUUGCUCAGGAUUGUAAUUGGCAGGGCGGCUGUGCCAUGCAUUGAGUGGAGAGAAAAGAGGGGUGCUGUCCGUCUUCCGUUCCCUGGGGGGCCUUUGGGAUUAGGAGCUCAGGCCAAGGUGGAAAUGCCCAGGUUGGGUUGGGGCUUCUUCCUCCUGGUCCCCAGUGCAGGGAGCUACAAGGCAGCCUGGGAGCUGCUGCAGCCCUCGAUACUACAGCGGACGGGGGGAAAUGGAACUCCCCUGAGCUCCUUGCUUUCCAGGAAGCAAAGGAGACUGCUUUGCACCUUUCUUUGGAGGUAGGUGUUACCUUCCUUUGCUGUAACCUGCUCCCUGUUGUAUCUGCUCCAGGAUUACAAGCCGGAAGAAGACCCAUCAAAGUUUAAAUCCACCAAAACAGGGCGUGGCCCUUUGGGGCCCAACUGGAGGGUAUGUAUGGGCAUUGGCAUAUUUCUGGGUGCUGUGCCAAAUGGCAGUGGUCCUUGGAGAAUAGGGGCUCUGUAGCUGCCAAGUGUUCAGGCUGCUUCAUAGCUGGUGGAAGGUGGCUCAGGACUGUCUUUCUUGAGACUUAAAUGGGGGGCUUUCUGGCUCACAGCCGAUAAUCUAGACAUACUGGACCUGCUAUUGUGGGUUGGGUUGCUUGAAGUAUAAACACUGAAUGAGCGGAGAGGAGGAAGAGGGGAGGGCUGGCCGUGGGGCUGGUUUGGGGCCAAGGGCUCCAUUCUGAGGAUUCCUCUCUUACGUCUGCAGAAGGAGCUGGGCAAGCAAACCGACUGUCCAUACAUGUGUGCUUACAAGCUAGUAACGGUCAAGUUCAAGUGGUGGGGACUGCAGAACAAAGUCGAAAACUUUAUACAGAAGGUGAGUGAAAGGUCAUCCCCAAAGGCCAACAGGACUUAAUUGGGGAAGGCGGGUGAGAUGGUGCAGCCCUCAGCCUUCACAAAAGGGCUGGGUGGGGAAACGUCCCUGCCGUCGCUUGGGUGUUGGUGUGCUGGGCUUUGCCAGGCGUGCCUCAUUAUUCUCUUGGAGGUGGAGCAGCCACGCACCAACUGCAGGCAGGCAAAUGAAGCCCUGCCAUGUUGCCCUCCUUGUCGUGAGGCCAGAGCAGUCAGCUCUGUCCUGUUCAUAUCUGGAUUGCUGUUGCUUUGCCUUUGGCAAGUGCACACAGCUUUCAUUUACAGCCAGCAAAACCUGUGCCUGCCUCAGAAUAGUUGCAAGCCAAGGGCUGAGAUGGCCUUUUGCGCCCAGCAAGAUGAACAGGCACUGUAGAGCCCAUCUUCCUUCUGCUUUGUGUAUCGGAGCUCUUGCAUUCUUGCGCUUGCCUGCCAGAGUUCAGAACAGUCCGUUGCUGAAUGAGGCCAAGAAUAUUGGAACUGACUUCUGGCAGGGAGCAAGGCGGUGCUGCUCCCUUGAGGGGAGUGGGGAGGCAUGACUCAGCUGCGUGGGUCAGCAUGCCCUGCUGCACGCUGGCUGUGGACGGCUCUCGCGCUGGAGCUCUGAGCUCUUCUUCCUUCUCUUGUAGCAAGAGAGGCGGCUUUUCACAAAUUUCCACCGGCAGCUGUUCUGCUGGCUUGAUAAAUGGGUUGACCUGACCAUGGAGGACAUUCGCAGGAUGGAGGACGAGACGAAGAGGCAGCUGGAUGAGGCAAGUGGGAAGGGACUUGGUCUGCUGGGCCUCAUGUCCCCCAGAGUGAUCAAGGGCCGGGGGCGGGCAAGUGGCCAGCAGCUCUGCUUUCCUUGCCCGAGUGCCUGGAGUUCUUGCUCUUUUUCUCUGUUGGAUGCUUUGUGUGUGACACGAGGCUCUGCUGAGGUCUCUCACUUCAGGAGAUCUGCCCACUUGGUUGUGCUGUUCCCUGGCCUAAUUUUGCAAAAGACCAAAAAAUCUCCUUUUCUCCUGCUGCAGAUGAGACAGAAGGACCCCUUGAAAGGAACGUCGGCUGCAGAUGACUAGCGUGGAUUCCUCUCUUUGCACGGUAUGUCCACAUCUUUGGGGCUGCCUUCAAAGGUUAGAAAAGAGGCGAUGCCACAAAUAUGGGGACAGGGUGCUUCUGACAUGAGCUGUGUUGUCCCUUCUUAAGGAUCCUGCAUUGGCUCCAAGCAUAAAUAUCAAGAGAAACAUCUGUGCCCAGUGCAAUAAAUUCCUGGUGCAAAUGUUCUUUGUGGGCUCGGCUGCAGGAGGCUUUUGGUGUGUGUGUGGGGUGUCUGAGCAGGACAUGGAAUAAAUCUUCUGCUGGCUCUCCAGGAUUGCACAGUUGACUGUACCCUCACUGUUCAAACCCUGCAAUGUCAUCCCUGACAGAAAAGGCACUCUGCGUUCCCCCUCCUUCAAAAAUGACUGCCAUAUACUCAGGAGUGUUUAAUAAAUCCAGCUACCCAGCAGAGUUUCCCCACUUGGAAGAUCGCUUUCAAGCCACUGAAGUAACCCAGUUUCUCUCUUUCUUUCCUUAAGUUUGCAAAACAGCCAGCAGGAAGGCCCAGGAACUCCACCCUCUUGACCAACGGACCAUCUCUGGAUCAAGCCCUCCUCUAUCCAGUCAGCAGGCGACUUCCAACCUCCCCUAGCUAACUCUAGUGGCCCUUACUAUCGUGAGCAAAUAGACAGUCCUCUGGUCCUGAGCGCUCUGGCCUUGGCACCUGGGCUGGAGGCGCUUCCUGGGGGAUGGCUGCCCCUGUGACACAGCCGCCUUCCCCAGAAGAGUGUUCAGCCUGAUUCCCAUGUGGCUCUUUGAUUUCCAAGUGACCGUUUUAGCUGAAAUAGUCUUGUGAUGUGGUGAUUUAGAUUUCAUAUGUAUGUAUAUAUCUAUAUUUUUCCUUUGAAACACUGGGAUAAACUGCUGCCUUUGUUUCUUCACCUUUCUUUGUCCAUUUGUGGAGAUGGGAACUCAGUAUUAGAGGGUGUCAGGCCAACCUUUUUGCUCCCUGAAUAUCACGGUGAUGGGCAGGGCUCCUGGCAACAAGGAGCAGGGAAGAUUGCUGCUAGCAGUGCCCUGGGCUUGAAGUGCACCUGCAUCAGCCUCUGCUCCUUGCCCAGGUUCUGCCUGCUGAGCCCCUUCCAGUGUGGUCCUCAAGGUCCACAUUGCCGCUUUUGGGGUGGUGGGAGCAGGUGACUUAGUUGGCCUGCUAGGAAAACAGUCCUGGGUCUCCUCCACCUUCCCCUUUACUACAGUAGACGAGCGGAAUGGUCUCUUAACCCGACCACCAAACGAAUUGCACAAGCAGAAUCCCGUUCUUUCAUGCUCAGGCGCUGCUUGUGUUGGGCGUUUGUGCUGCUCCUGAGCAAUAAGGCCCGUAGCACGGAGCAGUGGCACUGCAGAGGGGAUGAUCUGUCUCUCUCGGUUGCCAGGAGCUGCAGGGGUCAUGGCCAAAAGCUGGCUGAGCUCUUUGCUGCUGAGGAGGGGCUUCUGAAGCCCACUUGCCUGUGGGCUGGCAGCUGCUUAAGACAAUCACAGGAGAAAGAGCGGGUUGAACAAACACUGCCGGCUUCACUCAGGAGCUGGUGGAAGCAGAGCUGAGGCCAUGCCUUGGUGUGGCAGCCUCUGUAGCCGGGUCUCCUCCCUUUCUCCCUCCAGAGCAAGCUCUGCGCCUGAAGCAGUGGCCCUUGCCAGACAGAGAGGGUGGGAGACAAGCAGGGUGACGACGGGCAGCUUUGCCUUGAGAGGAGGCAGUUUAUCCCUCUUGUCCUCUUGUUUUGUCCAUUUUUUGCCUUAUUGAUGUCCAAGUGCAAUAAGCAAGCUUGAUCCGUUCUGGUCGCGCUCUCUUGACAGAUGACUUGAGGGGCUUUGGGGGAAAGGGGCUUUUAGCAGGCUCCCCAGGCGCAGCGGGAGACGUGGCUUAGUACUGGGCCUGCCUUGCCUGCCUGAGAAAGAGAAGCCCAGGGGUUGGGGCAAAGUCUGUUGGGACCAGGAAUGUGUCGGGUGCUCCCUCCUCCCUCCCCUCCAGGGCAAGGAGGCCCCCUGGUUAAUCUUCCUGUACUGUAAAAUACUGAGAAUUGGGAAUUAAAACACUGAACAUUUUUUUCCUUUUGGUAAUGAAGUGUAAGAGGAUUCUUAUGCUUGAAUGUGUUAACUGUUUCUAUGGCUGUUCUUAUCACUCCUGCUGCUUAAAGAUUUGUUUUUUAGCUGAGAGGCUUUGUAGCUGGUGACACCACAUCUCUAUGGAAACAGAUGGUGACAUUUUGAAGGGCGGGGGAGAAAAUCAAGGGAAGAUUGUGGUACGAAGGUGAAAGCUCUCAUUAAAACACAAAGCUUUCCUGCUUAGCAGUAAGAGCGAGAAAAAUGCAGCAAACUUCCACUCUGUGUGUCCUUUGUUCUGCUCUUUGCGUGUUGCGUUUUUUUAGAGUUCGCCUCCUGCCGAACUGUAGCUGAGGCACAUCUUCUGAGCCUUCUCUCUGCCUCCCCCCCCCCCCCCCGUGACGACUGACCUCUUUGUUCCUUCUUGGGAGGAGGGGGGAGCCCAGCAAUGGGAGCAGAGAGGGUGCUGCGGAGGCACUGCGUAACAUGUUGCAUUGGCUUCACCACCCAGACCCCACCCCACCCUGUUGGCUUGGAGGAGGAGGGUGGGUAUGGUUGCUGAGCUGAGCUGCUUUCUCCCAACACCUGCCCGGGCUUCCAUCUUUGGAGCCCAGUGGGGGGAGAGAAGCCCCCCACCCCACCAGCAUGCUCUUGCCUUUCUGGGCUCAUCCUCUGCUGGCCUCUGCAGGGACUCCCUGAUCUGUUUUGGUUGGUUCCUAGUGCAACUCCUUUUUAUGGCAAACACUUUGUAGACUUGAUUAGAUGAUCUUAUUGUUUCUUUAAUGUGAGUUUGUGCCUUUUUUUGUCUCCCAAUCUUCCAAUACAGGCAUAUUGGAAACAAAUCAAAUAAAAUCAUAGACAGAGC